AUGCUUCAAUCCGUAUUCCUUCAAGAACCAACGUCAUUGCUAACAACAAGCUCGACGCCGCGUAGCACCGCCGAAGAAAGCCCCACGCCAUCAUUCCGGUACGAUUUCCAAGAUCUGAAAGCCAAGGUCCCCGCCACCUCCUCCCAAUCCUACAAAUCCCUGGCCAUCCUCUCCGGCCACGUCGGCUCCGUCUCCUGCCUCGCCCUCUGCGGCGAAUUCAUCCUCAGCGCCUCCCACGCCAACGACAUCAUCGUCUGGCAGCAGCCCGACCUCCGCCUCUUCACCAAAUUCGGCCAGGGCGACGGCGCCGUCAAGGCCAUCCUCACCUCCGGCAACCGCGUCUUCACCGCCCACCAGGACAGCCGCAUCCGCGCCUGGCAGGUCUCCCGAUCCUCCGAGAAUGUGUUCCGCCUCAUCGACACCCUCCCCACCACCAAGGACUAUCUAGGAAAAUGCAUGAAGCAGAGGCGCAACCACAAGUCCCUCUGGAUCGAGCAUUCCGACACUAUCUCCUGCCUCGCCCUCUCCGCCGGCCUCAUCUACUCCGCCUCCUGGGACAAGACCCUUAAGGUCUGGCGCCUCUCCGACUUCAAGUGCCUCGAGUCCGUCCGCGCCCACGACGACGCCAUCAACGGCAUCUCCGCGGGGAAUGGCAUGGUCUACACUGCCUCGGCCGACGGCCGGAUCAAGGCCUGGGGGCGGGGCGUUGCGGGGCUGUCGUGCAGGAAGGUGCUGGAGGGCCACAAGGAUGUGUCCUUCAAUGCUGUGGUGCUGACGGAGGAUGGGGGCUUCGUGUACGGGGGUGGCUCGGAUGGGAGCCUUAUGGGGUGGCGUUGGGAGGGGUGGAGGCCUGUUUGUGAUGUCAGGGCGCAUGAGUCUGCGGUGUUGUGCCUGUGCUUGAUGGGGGAGAGGAUGAUGUGCAGCGGGUCCGCGGAUAAGAACAUUUGCGUGUGGAGGAGGGAGGUGGGUGGUGGGGUGUUUAGGCAUAUGGUGGUCAAGGGGCACCACGGCCCGGUGAAGUGCCUGCAGGCGUCGCCGCUCAGGGUUGGCGGCGGCUUCAUGUUGUAUAGUGGGAGUCUUGAUAGGAGUCUUAGGGUUUGGUGGGUGCCAAUUGAAUGUGUUAUUUAG